AUGCACCGUCCAACGCGUUCUGUACGUUUAAUUGUCGUGGCGAUACGUCGGUGCGUCUGGCCUCGAUUGCUAUUUCGCCUUGGUCUGGGACUGUCGGUACCUUGGCGCUGGCGUCAAACCGGCUUCCCGAGACCGACCAUCCCCCUGGCUCGCCUCCUCCGGCCGCCAGUGGCCGCGUCGUCGGGUCGCCUCAGAGACGAGUCGAUGAGGGCGAGAGGCUGGCCACGCGACCAGACAAUGUCUGUCAGUCUGUGCUAA